UCCAGAUGACCCUGAUGCAUUGAUGACUCGAAACUUUUUCUUGUUCCUUCCAUCUGUAUUGUGAUCACGACAGUCGACGGUAUUCUGCCAUGGGAUAUACGCUUUGUGUGCUAGGAUGUGGGACUAUGGGGGUCGCAAUCAUCUCCGGGGUGAUCACCAGUUUGCAAUCCAGGCUGAACACACUCGAGACCCCCAAGUGGGAGUCGCAUACACCUGGCACAUGCACUCCCACAGCUGACUCGCCUGAUCCUUCACUCCCGUCCAUUUUCACCGCAACCGUGACAAGGAAAGAGAGUGCACAAAAGCUCCAACAUACAUUUGGACUCUUGGGUGGUCUUGGUUCUUCCGUUCAAGUUGUUGCCGGCGAGAACCUUGCAGCAGUUCAAAAAGCGGAUGUUAUUAUUUUGUGCUGCAAGCCUCACCAAGCUCAUAUUGUCCUUUCUCAGGUUGGAAUGCAGGAAGCACUGGCUGGCAAAUUACUCAUCAGCAUUCUCGCUGGUGUGACUAUACACCAGCUUACUGGAUGGGUCCCCCCGACAACCAGGGUUGUCCGCGCAAUGCCCAACACUCCAUGCAGAAUUCGAGAAGGUAUGACUGUAGUCAGCAACCUACCAAUAUCAGAGGAGGCCGAGCUCGAUCGCUCCAUCAUCUUGAAUAUAUUUUCAUCUAUUGGGCGCUGUCGCUUCCUCGAGGAAAAAAAUUUCGACGCAUGCACUGCGCUUUCUGGAUCUGGUCCCGCCUUUGCAUGUAUAUUCUUGGAGGCUAUGGCAGACGGGGGUGUCAUGAUGGGCCUCCCGAGGGCGGAGGCCCUUGAAUUAGCAGCACAAACUCUGCAAGGCGCGGCACGCAUGGUUCUUCAAGCAGGAGCUCAUCCAGCUCAAAUUAAAGACUCGGUCACAACUCCUGGCGGAUGUACGAUAGCGGGCCUCUUAGCCAUGGAGGAUGGGAAAGUUCGCUCUACCAUUGCUCGUGCAAUUCAGGUCGCGACAGAGCGCGCUAGCGAACUUGGCCAGCCCGCAAAAAAUUAAAAUUGUAUGGUUUAACGACUUGCCACGUCAGCUAAUAAGCAAGAUAGCGUCUACUGUUGUACUUUAAACAUGUAUCCCAAUCAAAUCUUCGAGACCUCUAAUUUAAUGGAGGAUCGACGACUGUGAGGGUGACUGCGCACACUGGCUCAGUCAUUGUUUACCUAUUGCUCCUGUAAAAUGAGGACGGUCGUGUGAGUUAACGACGCCGCCCAGAGUGUCGAGGAGCAACAAUCUACUCAUAG